UGCGAGCGUGUGUGUCGGUUUCUCCGCCCACGCCUUUCGACAUGAACGUUGAGAAUUUCGGAGCUAGCGAGAGGCUGGUGAACGCGGCCUACAUGCGGCAGGGGGCGCAGGGUCGGCGCGCGCACGAGCUGCGCCUGCGGGCGUUGCUGGAGCAGGGCAAGUGUCCUGAAGAUGGAUGGGAUGAAAGCACCAUUGAACUCUUUCUCCAUGAGCUUGCUAUUAUGGACAGCAAUAAUUUUCUGGGCAACUGUGGUGUGGGUGAGAGGGAAGGAAGAGUGGCAUCAGGACUGGUUGCCCGGAGGCAUUACAGGUUAAUCCACGGAAUUGGAAGGUCAGGUGAUAUUUCUGCUGUGCAGCCUAAAGCUGCUGGUUCUAGCCUUUUGAACAAGCUUACUAAUUCAAUAGUUUUGGACAUUCUAAAACUGGCUGGUGUCCGGACAGUGACCAGUUGCUUUGUGGUUCCUAUGGCAACUGGCAUGAGUCUAACACUGUGUUUCUUAACAUUGCGGCACAAGAGACCAAAGGCAAAGUAUAUUAUUUGGCCACGCAUAGACCAGAAAUCCUGCUUUAAAUCUAUGAUAACUGCAGGUUUUGAGCCAGUGGUGAUAGAGAAUGUAUUAGAAGGUGAUGAGCUGCGCACAGACAUAAAGGCGGUGGAGGCUAAAAUCCAGGAUCUUGGGGCUGAAAAUGUUCUCUGUGUUCAUUCUACUACAUCUUGCUUUGCUCCCAGGGUACCUGAAAGACUGGAAGAACUGGCUGUGAUAUGUGCUAAUUAUGACAUUCCUCACAUAGUAAACAAUGCAUAUGGAGUUCAGUCUUCAAAAUGUAUGCAUCUCAUCCAGCAGGGGGCCCGAGUAGGUAGAAUAGAUGCUUUCAUCCAGAGCUUGGACAAAAAUUUUAUGGUUCCAGUAGGUGGUGCUGUCAUUGCUGGCUUUGAUGAUUCCUUCAUCCAGGAUAUCAGCAAGAUGUAUCCAGGUAAAUCUGUAUACCGAUCUUCCUUAGAUGUCCUCAUUACGCUACUGUCCCUGGGAGAAAGUGGCUACAGACAGCUACUAAAAGAGAGAAAGGAAAUGUUUUCCUACCUUUCAAGUCAGCUGAAGAAGCUAGCAGAAGUCUACAAUGAGAGGCUGUUAGUCACACCACACAACCCUAUUUCCUUAGCUAUGACACUAGAAAACCUAGAUAAACACAGUGACAUGACUGUCACUCAGCUUGGAUCUAUGCUUUUCACAAGACAAGUUUCAGGAGCAAGGGUGGUUCCCCUUGGGGCUUCACAAACAGUGAAUAACUACACUUUCAAAGGCUUUAUGUCACAUACAAAUAACUAUCCCUGUGCUUACCUCAAUGCUGCCUCAGCAAUUGGAAUGAAAAAGCAAGACGUAGACCUGUUCUUAAAAAGACUGGAGAAAUGUAUGAAGAAUUUUAGAAAAGAGAAGAGCUGUGGAAAAGAUGUACCUGAAAUUGAUAACUGUAUUAAAGAUACAAGUGUGGGAGAGACUGAAGACUAGAAUGAGAUGUAGAUUUUGGAACACACACAGUGGUGGUUGAGGUUUUUUUGAAGGAGGGCUUGGAACAUAUGAGGUUUGUAUCCAAUUUACAUUGUGGAAUAGGCAAUAUAGGGAAUGGAAAAUUCAGAUUUUAAAAAAUUGACAUUCUCUUCUACACAGAAAGCAAGACACAAGACUUUUGUGCCUCUUAAAACCCACUUAAUGUACUCAAAUGGUAUGAAGAUCCUUGAGCUGGGUCUUUGUCUAGAAAUGAAUUGAUCCCUUGUGACUGGAGUUGGACAAAUAUCUGAAGAGAAUUUCAGUGAAUAUUAAUAUUUUAAAUUGAAUUUACUUGAGCGGUGUUUGCAUCCCUUCUGAUUUUGCUGUAGGUGUUCAUUCAGCAAGCAGUCUUCUUUUUUUUUAUUCAGCAAAAUGCCUGGGGGGUGCGUGCGUGUGUGUGUGUGUGUGUGUGUUUGCUUUUGACUGCAUUCACAGAUAUCUCCUGCUCCAUCUCUUUAUGGCGGGGAUGAGGAGGAGAGAGAUUAUUAAAUGAAAACUUCAAAUGUGAGGAUGGGAUACAGUGGUGAGAGGUGGUUACUCUGGGUCACUUUCCUGGUAGUAAGUUGCAAAGUUGCAAACAGCAGCCUUGUAUUUGGACAUGUUCUUUGCCAGGGCUUUGUUGACUUGUUGAUUUAGGCCUGUAAACAUUUUUAUUAAAAAAAAUAGGAUUCAUUGGCUGUAUGCAGAGUGGCAGUUUUAUUAAAGCUAUGCCAAGUCCUUUAUUGGCUGAAUGGAGAAAGAUUUAAGUCUCAACUGAAUGGCAUUUCUCUGUAAUAACUUUCGUCAUGCCACAUCUGAUCGACUUUAAAAAUAAAGGAAUGUUUUUGGCAUCCAUGGGCAUACUUCUGUGGUUCUGAUGGAAAUCAGAACAUCAGAAGAGCCUGAUUGAAAGGAAAACCGGGGCCUCAGAGUGCUUGGUGCCAUGAGAAUCUCUGUUCCCCCCAGUACUUAGUGGAGGCAGCAGCUUAACUGACUGAGGAGACUGUAGCCUGCACGCUAAAGAAAUAAGAGUUUUAAAUGGAUGAUUUGUAGGGAGGAAAGUGGGCAUAUGGAGGGGGAGAGCAGCAUGUAUGGAGGGAGGAGUCGGGACCUGGAAAGAGACGGUGACAAGGAUGAAGGAAUGCAGCAGAGACCAGAGGGAUGAGGCAGUCAUGACAGGUGAAGCAGGGACCCAGAAGCAGAGGAAAGGGUGAUGGGGGAAGGAAGCAGGGACUCAAAGAGGAUUAGGGAUGAAUGAUGCUGGUGGUACAGGAAGCAGGCAUCUGCAUGGGAAUAGUGGUAAUGGGGGAAGCAGGAGCUCAGAAUGGAGAUGGGCAAGAGGAGAAAGCAGGGCUAUAGAUGGGAAGUUGGGGUGGGCUGUAAAUAUGGGGAGGUGGAGCAAGGACCUGGCUCAUGGUGAAUGGUGUUGGAGAGGGAGGUUUGCAGGGAAGCACAUAGACCAGAACAAUGGGGAUGCACACAGGGAUGCACAUAAGGAAGAGGGUGAAGGAGUUGUACGAAGAUCCUGAAAUAGAGGAGGAAUGACUGUGAUGACUCUCAGGGAACUGACUCCAGGAGAAAGAAAUGGAGGCGUGUGUGCAUGUUGUGCUUGACCUGUAGAGAAAAACACACACAUGCACAUGCGUAUGUUCAUUCUCUCUCACUUCAUUAUAUGGUUUCACAGUCUGAGAUGACUUUGCAUAUUUUUAAUUUAACAUAUGAUCACUGUUUAAAUGCUGCAAUAGUUCCAUCCUCAAGUUAGAUUGUAAACAAGUAAGUUAACAGUCAUGAUUUGUAAGUACCAGUGUAAAAAUGCUCUUAUACAAACCAGGGCUCAUAAAUUGUUGAAUUCUGUCAGCCAAAACAGAGCCCCCUACUUUGCUAAUAGCACCUGGAUUGAUGCCACAUUUGUCCAUUUCUUCCACAGGCAUCUUCAUGACUCUUGUCUUUUCCUUAACACUAAUCCCUAUGACUGGAAGGUCCAGUACCUUCUCUGCAGUCAAAUCCAUGCCCCUUAAACUAAAAACCUCCAUGAUAUUAUUGCUUACCUCCUUGCCCCGUUUUUUCAUUCUCACUUGUUAUGUCAUGUUGCAUCUUAAUUUAGAGUGUACAUUAUUGAGGCCAUAUGUUAUGAGUAAUUUAAUAAUAACUUCAAAUUUGAUUUAAAUAAUCCAAAUGCCAAUGUAUUUUUAAGCUAUUAAUAGAAAAAAAUACCAAAGCUAUGUGUUGCUCACUUGCAAUUCAAAGCUAGUUCUAUACAAAAAAUGAACCAAAUGAUUUAACGUAACGUUAAUGCAUUUAAAGGAAGAUUAUAAAGUUAUUGACCACUAUUUUCCUGUAUCUAUUAUAAAGUAAAUAAUGUACAUUACAAUUAUGCUUCCUUCAAUUACUAACUUUCUAUAUGUCCUUUGUAAUAAUCAGUUAUGGACAGGAUCCCUUCAAGACCAUGGAAUAUGCCACUCCUUGGAAGUGGCCAGAAUUUCACAGCACUGCUACUAGAAGGUGGUGGUAGAAUGGAGGCAGCGGAGUCUGGGCUUCCCCACUAGAAGGUGGUGGUAGAAUGGAGGCAGGGUGAGAACAAUAAGCUGGCAAUGGCUGCCUUCCAAGACAAUUUUUCAGUGUAACUGUGUGGGGAGAGGGAAAAAAACUUUGUUGUGCUGCACCUAGCAAUAAAAUUCAUAGGACAGAGUGAACUGACCUUUAACCUGAUGAUCAUGCAGAGAUUUUAGGCAACUGCACUCUUCACAUGAAGGAAGAAGGAAAACGGGGGCCUCUCUCAACUGCUCAAAAAAAACUGAGUGGGCUAGGGUUGUUUCCUCGAAUAUGUGAGAUGCAGUUCUUUAGUUCCACUUUACCAUGUAAUAACUUGUGCUAAUUAUGUUCUUGAAUGUUUGACAGGUCUCAUUAAUUGUGUACUAAGAUUGCCUGUAAUGUCUUACUUUAAAUGAUCAGGAGGAAAAUACAUAAACUUUUUAAUAUUUCUUUUCAGCCUUAAAUAUUGUCAUCUAGUUGCUAUAAAUAUAAUUUCAGAGGAUCAAGCAAAUUCUUUAAGUGCUUAACUACAUCCUUUAUUGUUGGCGUAUGCUGUGUCAAUUGGAGGGCAAGCCUACACCUUCAGCCAAGCUAUUCCUUCAACCAAAUGUAUAAAGGGUCAGGAUGAUCCCCACCACUUAACGUUUGUGCUAUGAGUUGGUACUUGCACUUGCACUAUCUGUCCAUUAUGUUAUAGAUAGGAACACAUCUAAAAUUAACUUUUUUCUUUACCUGGGAUACUACCUUGAUACUGGGAUUUGUCAUAAUGCCUGAACACAAAUCUUCAGAUAAAAUGACUUCACACCUGUGGUAGGGGGUAUCCUUCUUCCUCAGGCUUUGAUAAUAAUGGGGAGGUGACACAAUUUCUCUGGGUACGAAUAGGCCAGCACACAACAGAGGAGAGCUAGAGGUUUUAUUCCAGCAAGACCAGUGGUUCUCAAUCUGCAGCCUAUGGAUACUUGCAGCCCAAUUAGCACAGAGCUGGGGGCCCUAUGGCAUUUUUCCCACAGCAGGAUCUCGCACUUGGGGACGUGCAGAUGCUGGUGCGCAUCGUGGUCAACACGGCCUACCCCCUGAUGCCGUGGCUUAUGAAGCCCUACACCGGCCACCUCGAUACAAGCAAGGAGCUAUUUAACAUGCAUCUUAGCCAGGCUUGCAUGCAGGUGGAAUGCGUGUUCAGCCUCUUGAAAGGGAGGUUUCGUUGCCUCCUCACACAGCUGGAGAUGGGCAAAUGCAACAUCUCCAAGGUGGUGUCCACAUGUUGCGUGCUCCAUAACCUUGUGAAGAGAAAAGGGGAGGCCUUCCUGCCAGAGUGGGGGACAGGUGGUGAUGGCAAGGGGAGGCAAUUUGAGCAGCCCUGGACAGCUGCCAUCCGCCAGGCUCACUAGUCUGGUCUUGGCAUCCGAGAAGCCUUGAGGGAGAGAUUCUCUGAAGGGAGCCCAGUGACUCUCCCCAGGGCCUUCCGGCCUGGCCCACUCAUAUCUUUCCCUCCACAACCCUCACCCUCAUUCUCUUCCCAUAAAGAAUACAUAAAAAACCAGUGUCUGUUUACAAAGAAAACCAGGUGUUUAUUAGAAACAAUAUCAGUAAGGAAAAUGUGCUAACUCCUUAAAAAAAAAUCUCUUUUUAUUGUUCAAAUGUUUAUAUACAAGCUACAUCUUUC